AUGCGUUUGUCGCUUGAAUCUCUGACGGCCGCCCUGGCCUGUCUCUCCACUGCAUACGCACUCCAGAUUCCCCCCGAUACUCCGCUCUCCGAAUUGAUCUCCUCCGCCAAAGCGCAACUGGCCAAGGGCUCACCUCGAGAUGCCUUGGUUUACUUCGAUGCCGCCGUCGCACGCGAUCCGACCAACUACAUCACCCUCUAUCAAAGAGGCGCCGCACAUCUGUCGAUUGGCAAGAAUUCUCAGGCCUCAGACGACUUCAAUCGCGUGUUGGAACUGAAGCCCGAUUUCGAGGGCGCUCUUCUACAACUAUCUCGUUUGAAGGCACGGUCCGCGCACUGGAAAGAAGCCUUGCAUGACCUCGAGCGUGCAGGGAAGAAGUCGUCCCCUGAAUACCGAGAACUGGAGGAGGCGCGAGAUGCGGCAGGUCAGGCCUUUGAGGCCGAAAAGAAAGGUGACUGGGAAACUUGCAUUGCGCAGGCCGGGGUAGCCAUCAUGAAAGCAAAUAUGGAUCUUUCUCUUCGGCAAACACGAGCACAUUGUCGCUUUGAGCGAGGCGACGUGGAAGAAGGCAUCAGUGACCUCGCGCAUGUCCUACAGAUAUCCCCGAAAUUGGUGGAACCGCAUUUGCAAAUGUCAUCAAUGCUGUUCUACGCGCUAGGUGAUAGUGAUCGAGGCCUGGCACAGAUCCGCAAGUGUCUCCACACAGAUCCGGAUUCAAAGCCUUGCAAUCGUCUCUAUAAGCGCGAACGACAAUUAUCGAAGACUUUGGGCAAAUUGCAUAGCGCCCUGGAGGCGCGUAAGUUCAGCAAUGCUGUAAAGCUCAUGGUCGGGGACGCUGAUGAAAACGGGUUAAUCACCAAUGUGAAGGACGACGUUGCAGAGGCGAGAGAGUCAGGUCACAUCCACCAUGCCGCUUCAAACAAUCUAUAUGUCUUCCUAGUUGAGAAGACUUGCGAGGCAUACCGCGAGAUGCGCAUGCUCAAGAAGGCUGGACCUUUUUGUGCUGAAUCGAUUCAAUUGGUUCCGCACUCUCUUCAUGGUCUUCUGUACCGCGCCCAGGCUGAACUGGACAAGGAUGAAUUCGAGGAUGCUGUGCGCACGCUGAGCACCGCUAAGGAGCACCACCCGCACUCCCAAGAGGUUCAAUCUCUACUUCAGAAAGCCCAGGCUCUUCUCAAACGGUCCAAGCAAAAAGAUUACUACAAGGUCCUCGGGGUCAGUCGUGAUGCAGAUGAGCGAACUCUCAAGCGUGCUUAUCGUCAGCUGACCAAGCAACACCACCCGGACAAGGCCAACGCCCAGGGUGUGUCCAAGGAGGAUGCAGAGAAGAAGAUGGCCGCCAUUAAUGAGGCUUAUGAGGUCCUGUCUGAUCCAGAAUUACGGACCCGAUACGACAAUGGCGACGAUCCCAACGAUCCCGGGUCGCAACAGCGCGGCCAUGGAUUCCACGGGUCACCUUUUGGUCAGGGCGGCGGGCAGCAAUUCUUCUUUCAGCAGGGCGGAUCGCAGUUCAAGUUCUCCGGCCAGGGAUUCCCUAACUUCGCCGGUGGUGGCUUUCCGUUCCGCUAG